CCUGCUGCGGGUCCGCGCUAAGGGGCCCACAGAGCUGGCGGAGGCUCAGUCUGCGCGCAGGACCGGCCCAAGUCCGGGGCGCCCGCGUCCCUCGCGUCCCUUCUCCCCGCCCGGGCCCCGCGCCCGUGGCCGCCCCGGCCCCUUUUGCGGAGAGGCAGGGACUCCGCGCGUCGCCAUUUCUGUACUAGGCUGCUGCUUUCUGUGCUUUUUCUGCGGGCGCCUCUGCGAGCGGCGGCGCUGGGGACCGACCCCCCGCCCGGGCACGGGACGCUGCUGGCGCGUCCCGGGGCUCCGGCCUCGAGGUGUGCCCGCCGGGGCUCUGGAGGCGUUCGGUUGCAUUUGGGCCGGGGGACCGGGCCGGAGGGGCUCGGAGGACAUGAGAGCCCGGCCUCGGCGGCCUUCGUCUUCCAGAGAGGAGGCUCAGAUGAGCCCCUGCUGACUUGAGAGAGACAGAGAGACCACGCCGAUUGCUGAGAGGAACUGGAAGAGGAAGAAAAAAAAUUCCCAAACUCUGUGGGAAGAGCUCCCUCACCAUGAGUAGCGCUAUGUUGGUGACUCGCCUCCCGGACCCCAGCAGCAGCUUCCGUGAGGAUGCCCCGCGGCCCCCAGUGCCAGGGGAAGAAGGGGAGACCCCACCGUGUCAGCUAGGGGUGGGCAAGGGCCAGGUCACCAAACCUGUGCCUGUCUCUUCCAACACCAGGCGGAACGAAGACGGGUUGGGGGAGCCGGAGGGGCGGGCAUCUCCGGAUUCCCCUCUGACCCGGUGGACCAAGUCCUUACACUCCUUGUUGGGCGAUCAAGACGGUGCUUACCUGUUCCGGACUUUCCUGGAGAGGGAGAAAUGCGUGGAUACCUUAGACUUCUGGUUUGCCUGCAAUGGCUUCAGGCAGAUGAACCUGAAGGAUGCCAAAACUUUACGAGUAGCCAAAGCGAUCUACAAAAGGUACAUUGAGAACAACAGCAUUGUCUCCAAGCAGCUGAAGCCUGCCACCAAGACCUACAUAAGAGAUGGCAUCAAGAAGCAGCAGAUUGAUUCCAUCAUGUUUGACCAGGCGCAGACCGAGAUCCAGUCGGUGAUGGAGGAAAAUGCCUACCAGAUGUUUUUGACUUCUGAUAUAUACCUCGAAUAUGUGAGGAGUGGGGGAGAAAACACAGCUUACAUGAGUAAUGGGGGACUCGGGAGCCUAAAGGUCGUGUGUGGCUAUCUCCCCACCUUGAAUGAAGAAGAGGAGUGGACUUGUGCCGACUUCAAGUGCAAACUUUCGCCAACUGUGGUUGGCUUGUCCAGCAAAACUCUGAGGGCGACGGCGAGUGUGAGGUCCACGGAAACUGUUGACAGUGGAUACAGGUCCUUCAAGAGGAGCGAUCCUGUUAAUCCUUAUCAUGUAGGUUCCGGCUAUGUCUUUGCACCAGCCACCAGUGCCAACGACAGUGAGAUAUCCAGCGAUGCGCUGACGGAUGAUUCCAUGUCCAUGACGGACAGCAGUGUGUCAUCUGAAGUCAAGUCAUGGCAAUCUCUGUGGAUGGACAGCAGUGAUCCUCAAGAUGGAAUUCCUCCUUAUCGUGUGGGGAGUAAGAAACAGCUCCAGAGAGAAAUGCAUCGCAGUGUGAAGGCCAAUGGUCAAGUGUCUCUACCUCAUUUCCCGAGAACCCACCGCCUGCCCAAGGAGAUGACCCCCGUGGAACCCGCCACCUUUGCGGCUGAGCUGAUCUCGAGGCUGGAGAAGCUGAAGCUGGAGUUGGAGAGCCGCCACAGCCUGGAAGAGCGCCUGCAGCAGAUCCGAGAGGAUGAAGAGAAGGAGGGCUCCGAGCUCACACUCAAUUCUCGGGAGGGGGCGCCCACGCAGCACCCCCUCUCCCUACUGCCCUCCGGCAGCUACGAGGAAGACCCGCAGACGAUACUGGACGAUCACCUGUCCAGGGUCCUGAAGACCCCUGGCUGCCAGUCCCCGGGCGUAGGCCGCUAUAGCCCCCGCUCCCGCUCUCCGGACCACCACCACCACCACCACCAUUCGCAGUACCACUCCCUGCUCCCGCCCGGUGGCAAGCUGCCUCCCGCGGCCGCCUCACCGGGCGCUUGUCCCCUCCUCGGGGGCAAGGGCUUUGUGACCAAGCAGACGACGAAGCAUGUCCACCACCACUACAUCCACCACCACGCCGUCCCCAAGACCAAGGAGGAGAUCGAGGCGGAGGCCACGCAGCGGGUGCACUGCUUCUGCCCUGGGGGCCCGGAGUAUUACUGCUACUCGAAAUGCAAAAGCCACCCCAAGGCCCUGGAAACCAUGCCCGGCGAGCAGUUUGGCGGCAGCAGAGGCAGUACCUUGCCCAAACGCAAUGGGAAAGGCACGGAGCCGGGCCUGGCCCUGCCCGCCAGGGAAGGAGGGGCCCCCGGCGGAGCUGGGGCCAUGCAACUUCCCCGGGAGGAAGGAGACAGGUCGCAGGAUGUCUGGCAGUGGAUGCUGGAGAGUGAGCGGCAGAGCAAGCCCAAGCCCCAUAGUGCCCAAAGCACAAAAAAGGCCUACCCCUUGGAGUCUGCCCGCUCGUCUCCAGGCGAACGAGCCAGCCGGCACCAUCUGUGGGGGGGCAACAGCGCGCACCCCCGCACCACCCCCCGUGCCCACCUGUUCACCCAGGACCCUGCGAUGCCUCCCCUGACGCCACCCAACACGCUGGCUCAGCUGGAGGAGGCCUGUCGCAGGCUGGCUGAGGUGUCAAAGCCCCCAAAGCAGCGGUGCUGUGUGGCCAGUCAGCAGAGGGACAGGAAUCACUCAGCCACUGUUCAGGCGGGAGCCACGCCCUUCUCCAAUCCAAGCCUGGCUCCAGAAGAUCACAAAGAGCCAAAGAAACUGGCAGGUGUCCAUGCGCUCCAGGCCAGUGAGUUGGUUGUCACUUACUUUUUCUGUGGGGAAGAAAUUCCAUACCGGAGGAUGCUGAAGGCUCAGAGCUUGACCCUGGGCCACUUUAAAGAGCAGCUCAGCAAAAAGGGAAAUUAUAGGUAUUACUUCAAAAAAGCAAGCGAUGAGUUUGCCUGUGGAGCGGUGUUUGAGGAGAUCUGGGAGGAUGAGACGGUGCUCCCGAUGUAUGAAGGCCGGAUUCUGGGCAAAGUGGAGCGGAUCGAUUGAGCCUUGGGGGUCUGGCUUUGGUGAACUGUUGGAGCCCGAAGCUCUUGUGAACUGUCUUGGCCGUGAGCAACUGCGACAAAACAUUUUGAAGGAAAAUUAAACCAAUGAAGAAGACAAAGUCUAAGGAAGAAUAGGCCAGUGGGCCUUUGGGAGGGUGGGGGGAGGUUGAUUUUCAUGAUUCAUGAGCUGGGUACUGACUGAGAUGAGAAAAGCCUGAACUAUUUAUUAAAAACAUGACCACUCUUGGCUAUUGAAGAUGCUGCCUGUAUUUGAGAGACUGCCAUACAUAAUAUAUGACUUCCUAGGGAUCUGAAAUCCAUAAACUAAGAGAAACUGUAUAGCUUACCUGAACGGGAAUCCUUACUGAUAUUUAUAGAACAGUUGAUUUCCCCCAUCCCCAGUUUAUGGAUAUGCUGCUUUAAACUUGGAAGGGGGAGAGAGGAAGUUUUAAUUGUUCUGACUAAACUUAGGAGUUGAGCUUGGAGUGCGUUCGUGGUUUCUUCACUAACAGAGGAAUUAUGCUUUGCACUACGCCCCUCCAAGUGAAGACAGACUUUUAAAAAUGGUGCCCUACCAUUGACACACGCAGAAAUUGGUGCAUUUUUUUUUUUUUCCUAUGCUGCUCUGUUUUGUCUUAAAGGUCUUGAGGGUUGACCAUGUUGCGUCGUCAUCAACAUUUUGGGGGUUGUGUUGGAUGGGAUGCAGAGGGAGAGGCAGGGAACCCCGCUCCUUGGGGCCCCAGGUUGAUCCUGUGACUGAGGCUCCACCUCCUGUAGCCUCCCCAGGCCCAGGGCCCCGUGGCUGAGGCCUGCUAGAAUCACUGCCGCUGUGCUUUGUGGAAACGACAGUUCCUUGUUUUUUUUUUGUUUCUGUUUUUGUUUUACAUUAGUCAUUGGACCACAGCCAUUCAGGAACUAUCCCCUACCCCGCAAAGAAAAUGAACAGUUGUGGGGAGACCCAGCAGCACCUUUCCUCCAGACACCUUCAUUUUGAUGUUCGGGUUUUUGUGUUAAGUUAAUCUGUACAUUCUGUUUGCCAUUGUUACUUGUACUAUACAUCUGUAUAUAGUGUACGGCAAAAGAGUAUUAAUCCACUAUCUCUAGUGCUUGACUUUAAAUCAGUACAGUACCUGUACCUGCACGGUCACCCGCUCCGUGUGUCGCCCUAUAUUGAGGGCUCAAGCUUUCCCUUGUUUUUUGAAAGGGGUUUAUGUAUAAAUAUAUUUUAUGCCUUUUUAUUACAAGUCUUGUACUCAAUGACUUUUGUCAUGCCAUUUUGUUCUACUUAUACUGUAAAUUAUGCAUUAUAAAGAGUUCAUUUAAGGAAAACGACUUGGUACAAUAAUUAUUGUAAUUAAGAGAUGUAGCCUUUAUUAAAAUUUUAUAUUUUUCAAAA